GCCAACAGACAAAAAAUUCGCGAAAUCCCCCAAACGCAACUGUCAAUGCGCAUUGUGGCAAACCCGACGAAAACGAAAACAACAACAAACGGACCUCCAAAUUCGUCUUAAAAUCGCUUUUUUUGAAUGAAACGGCCAUAAAUCACGCUAGAGAGCGAAAGGAAACGUGCCGAUGAGCUUCAUUAAGUGAUACAUUACAAGCAACUUAGCAGCAUGUCGACGAACGCAGAUAAAGUGGUCAAAAUUUAUAGAUCAUUGUGCUCCAUUCCCAGUUUGGUGGGGGCAAAGCUGGCGAACGACGCCACGAUUAUUAACACGGUCUGGUCGCAGAGGAACUUGGAAAAGAGCGAGAACACGAAAUUCAUGCGAAGCAUCGGAAUUUCGACAGAUCUGAGCAAAAAGUAUGAGUCGCUACCUCUAGAUGUAACCACUGAGUUAUUGUCAGCGGUGUCCCCGUCGGAGCGCUACAAAGCCAUCGUGCGCGGUUCCAGCGAGAAACAAUUUUUGGAAAUUUGGCAGAACCACAAUCUCGCUCACGUCGUCGAUUUAUUGGAGCUGGAUGUGCACGGGAAUGUCUACACCGACGGGGAGUUCCGCACGUUUGAGUGGUCUCCAGAUGAAACCAAACUUCUCUACUUAGCUGAACUCAAAGUGCCAAAAUCUGAACCCUUUUACAAGAGGAGCGUGAAGCGACCCAAAGGCGAGAACACGGAACCCGAGAAACCCAAAACCAAAGGGGACGAAUAUUUGUACAGACAAGACUGGGGUGAACAGCUCGUGGGCAAAAAAACUUCCGUCAUUGUUGAGUACAACCUUGAGAAGGAUAAAGUUGAAAUUUUGUCUGGGGUCCCUGAGGAUGUUUGUCCCGCUCAAGUGGUUUAUUCUCCAGACGGGACUUACGUUGUGGGGGUUGCCUAUACCACAGAGCCUAGAAAAUACGGCUUAAUUUAUUGUACAAACAGACUCAGUACGAUUUUCACUUUGGAUUUCGACGGGAAUUAUGGUCGUUUUGCGCUGGAAGGUAAAGCUGUCAAGUCACCCAUUUUUACCCCAGAUGGUAAGUUUUUGAUUUGGUUGCAACGUGACGCAGAGGGGCCACAUCACUGCGCAAUGGCGCUAAUGAAGGCGGCGUUGCCGCUAAGUGAAAAGCCCACCAUAACAACCGUUGUGGAUGUAGUAAGAAGCGAAACUGAAACCAAUUCCGGGACCAAAUUUCACGGCCUGUAUAACACAGGGUUUAUUAAACGCUGUUUCGCUAGUGGCAAUCGCUUGGUGUUAUCAACCAACCAAAAAAAUACUGUGAACACCUACGUCAUCGAAAUCGAUACCGGAAAAAUCACCGAACUGAUGUACAACGACGGCAGCCAAAUAGUUCUAGACGUUGUAAAUGAUAUAAUUUUGGUAAAUCGUCGCAAUUACCUGAAACCAGAUAAAUUAGCGAUCUCCAAACUACCCCCAAAAGAGUCCGAGGAGUCGUUGAACUGGGUAGAACUCACCACCAGUCAAGUGGUCGAAGGUUUCGAAAACUGCGUUUAUGAGUAUCUGGAUUUACACCAAUCAACGGACGACAGCGUCAAAUCUUUCUCCGCUAUCUAUCUCGGUCCUAAAACCGGCCCCGAAAAAUCCACAAACCUCAUCGUGUGGCCCCAUGGGGGCCCCCAUAGCGCCUUCGCCAAUAACAUGUUCCUCGAAUCGUCAUUGUUUUUAUCGCUAGGUUUUGGUAUAAUUUUCGUCAACUAUCGAGGCUCCAUUGGGGCGGGGCAAGACAGCGUGGAGUUCCUUCUGGGCAAAAUUGGCCAAACGGACGUCUCUGAUUGUAUUCUAGCCGCAGAUACCGCCCUUCAGAAGUACCCGUUCUUGAACCCAAACGGGUUGGUUUUGUUUGGGGGUUCACACGGAGGUUUUCUCGUGGCGCACCUAAGUGGAAAAUACCCCGAUAAGUUUAAGGCCGUGGUGGCACGAAACCCCGUGAUUGAUGUAGUUUCCAUGAGCACGAUUUCCGAUAUACCUGACUGGACGUACGUGGAAGCGGGUUUCAAAUACACCCAGAUUGGCAAACCCAGCGAAGAGGCGCUUUUAGCGAUGCGACGUGCAUCACCCAUUGAGACCGCGCAUCAAGUAAAAGCCCCCACGAUGCUACAAAUCGGUUCCAAGGACCUCCGGGUGCCCGCGCAUCAAGGGUUGGAAUAUUACACCCGACUUAAAGCAAACGGGGCUAAAGUUAGGCUCAACUUGUACGACGACAAUCACCCCCUGAGUCAAAUCCCCAACGAAAUGGAUAACCUCAUCAACUCGGCGUUAUGGUUCCAGGAACACCUCGCCUCGUUAGAAUAAGUGUCAAAUCAAGAAUAAUUUUUCUAAGGUGUAAUAAAUUGUUUUUUCAACA